AUGUCAGACGAUGAGUUUAUGAUGGAAGAUGCAGCAGAUGAUGAGGAAUAUGAUUUCGAUUAUGACGAUGAUGAAGAAGAGGAGGAUAUGGAUGGUUCCGGUGAUGCUGAGAACCAGUAUUAUAAAGCUAAAGCAUUGAAAGAAGAUGACGCGGAAGGAGCUUUGAUUGCUUUCAGACAGAUAGUGAAAGACCAAUCUGAGAAGGGGGAAUGGGGGUUUAAAGCAUUAAAGCAAAUGACCAAGAUGAAUUACCUACAUCUUCAUAAACCUGAAAAAGCUUUCGAAACAUACAAGGAACUACUAGGCUAUACAAAGACUCACGUUACGAGGAAUUACGCUGAAAAGUCGAUUAACAAUAUACUUGAUUAUGUGGGAGGUGAAGGAAAGCAUGCUGCCUUAGCACCUCAAGUACCAUUAGAUACGUUGGAACAGUUUUAUGAAGCUACUAGGAUUGCUUGUGAAGAAGCUAAAAAUGAGAGGUUAUCAACCAAAUCUAAUCUCAAGCUUGCUAAAUUAUGGUUAGAUAGAAAGGAAUAUGAUAGGUUGGCACCAAUAUUGAGAUCGCUACAUGCCACCUGCGCUCCUUCGAGUGGCUCAAGUUCGUCGGAUGAUCAAUCGAAAGGAUCUCUUCUGCUCGAGCUUUACGCAAUCGAGAUUCAGAUGUACAGUGAUCUGAAAGAGAACCGUAAACUCAAAGAAAUAUAUAAUGCAGCAAUGCAAGUAAAAAAUGCUAUUCCUCAUCCAAGAGUUAUGGGUGCUAUCAAAGAAUGUGGAGGGAAAAUGUGGAUGAUGGAAAAGGCAUGGACGAAAGCUUCUACAGAUCUAUUCGAGUCUUUUAGACAAUAUGACGAAUCAGGCUCUACUCAACGUAUACAAGUGCUCAAAUACCUAGUGUUGACAUAUAUGUUAAUGGGAAGCGAGAUCAAUCCGUUUGAUUCUCAAGAAACAAAACCGUAUAAGAAUGAUCCGCAAAUCAUAGCCAUGACAAGUUUGGUCACUGCUUAUCAAAGACGAGACGUCAAAGAAGCUGAGAAGAUACUGAAAGCGAACCGAGCGACUAUUACCGGAGAUCCAUUUAUCAAUUUCUUUGUGGAUGAUCUUCUGAAAUCGUUGAGAACUCAAUACAUAAUUGAUAUCAUCAAGCCAUAUACAAGGAUGGAAUUGGAGUCUUUAGCCAAAACACUCAACAUACCUCGAGGCGAUGUCGAAUCACUCGUUGUAUCGCUCAUCUUAGAUGGCAAAAUCAAAGGAAAGAUAGAUCAAGUCAACGGACUCCUAAUUCUCGAUCGAUUUAAUGCCGCAUCUAAGAAUCGAUACAAUGCACUCAACGAGAUGUCAUCUCAGCUCGAAUACUUGACUGGCAAGAUUGAGUCUGAAAAGCUGAGUAGAGAAGGCGCAAGAGGUGGAUGGAGUAGUGGCAUGACUGCUUUUUGA